UUCAAGCAGCUGGUUAGCUGUACAAGGUGCGGCAGAGAAAAACACAAUCGCUAGCUCAUGGCUAGUACGGUUGACGUUUAGUUUUUUACUCGCCGUGUUUUAUCAGAAAAGGCAGAGAUCGGAUGUUGUUUUUUUAAAUACUGUGAUGCCUAAGUAGUUAUUAGAGUGUUCGGAGUCUGACCGAGUCGCUCAGUACAAGCAAGAGCACAGGAACAUAUUUUAUCCUCAGCCGGAAAAUCUACGGAGCUAACAUUAGGUAGCUAAUGCUAGGGUAGCUAGCGGGCUAGCUUUCACAAGCCAAUACCAACAUUUCCUGAGUUGAUUUUAUUAGCGCCAAGGUUGCAAUGGCUGAUGUUGACAAGCUCAACAUAGACAGUAUCAUCCAGCGUCUUUUAGAAGUCAGAGGAGCAAAGCCUGGCAAGAAUGUGCAGCUGCAGGAGAAUGAGAUUCGAGGAUUAUGCCUCAAAUCCAGGGAGAUAUUUCUGAGUCAACCCAUUCUUCUGGAAUUGGAGGCUCCCCUCAAGAUUUGUGGUGACAUCCAUGGUCAGUACUAUGACCUACUGAGGCUCUUUGAAUAUGGGGGUUUCCCUCCAGAGAGCAACUACCUGUUUCUGGGAGAUUACGUGGACAGGGGGAAGCAGUCUUUGGAAACCAUCUGUCUUCUGCUGGCUUACAAAAUCAAAUACCCGGAGAACUUCUUCCUGCUGAGAGGAAACCAUGAGUGUGCUUCAAUCAACAGAAUAUAUGGUUUCUAUGAUGAAUGCAAAAGAAGGUACAACAUCAAACUCUGGAAGACCUUCACAGAUUGUUUCAACUGCCUCCCAAUUGCCGCAAUUGUUGAUGAGAAGAUCUUUUGCUGCCACGGAGGAUUGUCACCUGACCUUCAGUCAAUGGAGCAAAUCAGACGCAUCAUGCGCCCAACUGAUGUUCCUGACCAGGGUCUGCUGUGUGACUUGCUUUGGUCUGAUCCAGACAAGGAUGUUCUGGGUUGGGGGGAGAACGACAGAGGUGUAUCAUUUACCUUUGGCUCAGAGGUGGUGGCGAAGUUUUUGCACAAGCAUGAUUUGGAUCUGAUCUGUCGUGCCCAUCAGGUUGUUGAAGAUGGCUAUGAGUUCUUUGCGAAGAGGCAGCUUGUCACUUUGUUCUCAGCACCUAACUAUUGUGGAGAGUUUGACAAUGCUGGCGCUAUGAUGAGUGUGGAUGAGACCCUCAUGUGCUCCUUUCAGAUUUUAAAACCAGCUGAAAAGAAGAAAUCCAACGGCAGCCGUCCUGUGACUCCUCCCCGAAACAUGGUCACCAAGCAAGCAAAGAAAUGAGGGGACAGGUCAGGAGCAUAUGAACAGAGUUUCUCUUGUCCGCUCUGCUUUCAUAUACUGCAUUUGGAGGAUUGGUUAUCCUUCAUGCUGCCAAUAAAGUUAUUCACUCCUACCUGAUGAUGAAAGCAAAAUAUUUUGUUGUUUUGUCCACAGGGGUAAAAUUGAUAUGUCACCAUGAAAACCUCAGGUGUUUUGCACUCCAUUUUGCAGCUAGUCUUUGCCACAUAUGACUGUUCAAUCAGGAAAAUGUAACAAUAUGGCUAUUUAUGCACAGGAAUGCCUUGUUUAAAGCUGUGCACAAUUUUUCCAGAUAGUUUCUUGUCUGUCAUACUUUUCUCACUGUCAAUAAUGGAUAUCAAUGCUAUAAAACUAUGGGGAAAGUCACAAACACCUGUUUACUUCUGUAAAACUUCAUUUACAGUUAAUUUGCAGUCUGUCACAGAACAUUGAUUUUUCCACUGCAUUGUCACAUUUUUAAACAACUGUUGUGCUAAAUUAAAUGAAUAAGCAAACACUCUUGUAAUGUCUAAAUCUUUCUAAUAAACUUUGAGCGUAUUUUAGGGGGAAAAUA